AUGGUACUCCAAUGUCCUCGAUAUAGAAAGAAUAAUUUUAAAAAGACUCAUGAUUUAACAAAUCAUCUUAACAGAAAAUUUAAGUAUAAACAAACCCGAAUACCCAACCCGGUUCAUCCACCUAACCCUAAUAUAUCCAGACCUCAAUCACCAGCAUCUAAUCCUCCAUCUUCUCUAGUCUAUGUUCAUGAAAAAGAAGGAUCCAAAAGAGGCCAAACAAUGCAUUUAUCUAUAGAGAAUUUGGCUAACUGGCUUGCGAAUCCUAAGAUAAAAAAUAACCCAACUAUUAUUAAUAAAAAGGUCCCAAAAACAGAUAUAGAAUGGUUUGAUUUAAUGGAAGAGUCUUCUAGUAAAUGGCAAAAGAAAACCAAAGUAUCCCAACCAAUAGAAGAAGAUUCUGAAGCAGAAUUUGGCCCAACUACUCAAUCUGAAAAAGAUCCAAAAGAUUUAGAUAAAAAAGUACCUUGGCCAGUUUCAUUUCCAGAUAAAGAAUGGCAUCAGGAAGUAUAG